CUGAAGAGAAAACACUAUGCGGUUCCUUUCUGUACUCACAGCAUCUUUGCUGUCAUCACUCACUAUUGCAUCACCCCUAUCCAACACCGACAGGGAAAGCCUCGAAGUCGUCCCCGAGCAACAGAUAUCUUCAACGACGAUAUCAAGUAUGGCCUUCCAUUUUGCCAGUUCUACGUCGCAACCCCAGUCCCUGGUCUAACCACACAACAAGUUUUCAACGUUUGUCAAUGUAUCAUUGAUGGCAAGUUCCAGCCAGCAGCAAGAGUCGGUGUUGAUUGGAACCCAAUCUCGACAUUCAAAGUUGCCACCAGGACUGUUGUCCAAUAUUCCACGAUCACGGUCGCGAAAUCGACAGUUGCUCUGACUACAGUCCGAUCCGUACCCAUCCUAACGACUGGCGUUUCAACCAUCACCGAGAAACAUACCAUCAUUAGCACUGUGACAGCCAAGGCUUCAAAUGCUGGUGCUGGUGCUGGCGCUGGCAAUACAAAGACAAUUGCCAAGACGACCAUAACUCAGAAGGUCACAAUUGCAAAGACCACGAUCACCCUCAAGCCCACUGCUCCAGCGAAAACAUCGACGAUCACUAUCGCCAAAUCCACCUUGACGAUUACGAAAACGACCAUCACGGCGAACAGCCAAAACGUCAAACCGACCACAGUGUUCAAAACCAUGACCUUGAGUGCAGCUGGAUCUUCUCAGAAGACUGUUACCAUUGCAAAGACCACUAUCACAGCCAAGGCAUCUGGGGCCACAAAAACAUCGAGCGCAUCGAUCAAGACCGUAACCAGCGUCAAGACAGUCGACUCCCCUCAGAGGACCGUCACUGUCGCGAAAACCACAGUGACUGCUAGAGCUUCGAGCACCGCCAAAGCAUCGAGCGCAGCUCAUAUCGUUUCUACUAGAACUGUGACGAGUGUAAAGACGGUUGGGGCUCAAGCCACUGCCACCAAGGUGGUGACUUUCUAUCCUUCAAUCAUAACAAUCACCAACACUUUGACCCAAGCUGGUACAACGCCUGCGACUACUGCAACUACGGUAAUCACCCUUAAAUCGAGCUCAGGAUCGAGUUUAGUAUCCAAGUCGAGCUCCAAAUCAAGCACGUCGACCAAAAAGACCGCUGCCGCCAUCUCAUACACCUCCACUGGUGCUGCAGCUCCCUCAGCUUCUGCGUCAACAACAUCGGAUCCGAGAUCGACCUGUUCUCUCGCGCCCCUCAAUACCCCCUCUGCCACCGUCACCGUAGGCGACACCGAGUAUCAGCGCUUCUACCGAGGCUGCGGCUACACCGAAGACCCCAACAACCCCGGAAACGCCUACUACUCGGACAACUUCCCUCCCGUCGUCUCAAACUACACCACCACCAUGACUGCCGACCAAGCCGUUCAGCAGUGUGCAGAGGAUGCUUACUACCGCUUCGACGACCCCAACGAGUACCUCUCCUUCGAUCUCCACUUCAUCAGCACUAGCGGCCAAGGACUUGCAGGCGAAGGCGCAGGCUUCUGGCAAUGCGUGCAGUACUUUUCCGAGCAAAGCGAUAGCGAUACUUCCGGAUACUUCAAUGUCACCAACUCUGCUGUUAGCAUUGCGUAUGGCUAUUCUUCGGGCCUGUACUCUGAUUCUGCGGCCAAGGCUGCAAAGAGCAAUGCUAAGAGAGCGGUGGCGGAAAAUGUUCAGCUGUAUCCUGCCACAAGGGGUCAAAGGAUCACAUAUGGAUCGCAUCGCAACUUUACGCGCGGUCCCGGGCGU